AUGGACCCCAAGGACCGCAAGAAGAUCCAGUUCUCCGUGCCCGCGCCCCCCAGCCAGCUCGACCCCCGCCAGGUGGAGAUGAUCCGGCGCAGGAGACCAACCCCUGCCAUGCUGUUCCGGCUCUCAGAGCACUCCUCGCCAGAGGAGGAGGCCUCACCCCACCAGAGAGCCUCAGGAGAGGGGCACCACCUCAAGUCGAAGAGACCCAACCCCUGUGCCUACACACCACCCUCGCUGAAAGCUGUGCAGCGCAUUGCUGAGUCUCACCUGCAGACCAUCAGCAACCUGGGUGAGAACCAGGCCUCAGAGGAGGAGGAUGAGCUGGGGGAGCUGCGGGAGCUGGGCUACCCAAGAGAGGAAGACGAGGAGGAGGAGGAGGAUGACGAAGAAGAGGAGGAGGAGGAGGAGGACAGCCAGGCUGAAAUCCUGAGGGGCAGCAGGGGGUCUGCUGGGCAGAAGACUACUUGUGGCCAAGGUCUGGAGGGUCCCUGGGAGCGCCCGCCUCCUCUGGAUGAGCCCCAGAGAGACGGAAGCUCUGAGGACCAAGUGGAAGAUCGGGCAUUAAAUGAACCUGGGGAGGAGCCACAGCGCCCUGCUCACCCUGAACCUGGCACAUAG